GUGUUUGCAUCUGCAAGCCUCUUUUCCCCUGCAGAGCAGCAGUCUUUGCCUCAAGAGAGAAAUUCGGAUCAAAGGAAGGAGAACUUUUCCUGGUGAGAGCAGAGAUGGAGAAGAGCGUGAAGAUGGAAGAGCAAAGCUUUGCUGGCCCUGAAGCAGGAAACGUCUCCUGCAACAUCCAGGAAUGGAGCAGUGCAGAGCCCUGGGAACGAAGAGUCCAGGAGAACCAGCCUGGGAGCAAUACCAGCUCAGGCAUGGAGGUCCAGCGCUUCAGGGGGUUCUGCUACCAGGAAGGUGAGGGCCCCCGAGAGGUUUGCAGCCGACUCCACCACCUUUGCCAUCAGUGGCUGAAGCCAGGAAGGUGCACAAAAGCUCAGAUGCUGGACCUGGUGGUCCUGGAGCAGUUUCUGGCUGUCCUUCCCCCCGAGAUGGAGAGCUGGGUCAGAGAAUGUGGAGCGGAGACCAGUUCCCAGGCGGUGGCCCUGGCAGAAGGCUUCCUCCUGAGCCAGGUGGAGGACAAAGAACAGAUCCAGGGGAUGUUGGCCAAAUUGCCCACAGUUUUCCCCAAGGCAGAGAAGGCUCCAUCGGACACCGCACAGAGGCCGCUGGACAGGUGGAUCUUGCAGGAGGGUGACGGACGACCCUCCUUACUGGGGAGUGGAAAAAACCAGAGAGAGAGUGAACAGAUCCUGGGGGAUCCUUCUAGGCCUCCUUCGCUUGGUGGCGGAGUGGAAGCAGUUUCUGCGCAGCCUGGGCAGGUUCUGGUGACUUUUGAGGAGGUGGCCGUGCAUUUCUCGGAGGAGGAGUGGGCUCUGCUGGAUCCAGGCCAAAGGACUCUGCACAAGGAAGUCAUGGAGGAGAAUCGUAGGAUCCUGGCCUCUCUGGGUGAGCACAGGAAGAGCAAGGAAAAUGGCGUACACCAGAGAAGGAAAACUGAAACUGAAGAGAAGAGGGAAAACAAAUCCAUUUCUUUGGAAGGGUCAGACGCCCAUGAAAUUCCAAUACUAGAAGAACCAAGUAAAAGAAAGCUUCAGAGUAAAAGCUCUCCAUACCUAAAGACUCAGAAGAUUCACCUUACCAAACGUCGACGAUUUUGCACGCAAGAGAAACGAUUUCAGUGCUUGGAGUGUGAGAAGCAAUUCAGUUGCAACUCAAAACUUAACUCGCAUAAAAGAAUUCACACAGGGGAGAAGCCCUAUGAAUGCCUAGAAUGCGGAAAGAAUUUUGCUCAGAGCACAACCCGAAAGCGACAUCAAAGAAACCACACAGGGGAGAAGCCUUAUAAAUGCUUAGAGUGCGGAAAAAGCUUCAGUCAGAGCAGCCAUCUUAGAUUUCAUCAAAGCACGCACACAGGGGAGAAGCCCUAUGAAUGCCUAGAUUGCGGAAGGAGCUUUGCUCACAGCAUAUACCUAACGCAACAUCAAAGAAUCCACACAGGGGAGAAGCCCUAUGAAUGCCUUGAGUGCGGAAAGAGCUUUGCUCACAGUAGGUACCUAAAGCGGCAUCACAGCGCUCACACAGGCAAGAAGCCCUAUGAAUGCCUUGAGUGCGGAAAGAGCUUUGUUUACAGCACAGACCUUAAGACACAUCAAAGCACUCACACAGGUGAGAAGCCCUAUGAAUGCCUUGAGUGCGGAAAGCGCUUUGCUUUCAGUAGAUACCUAAAGCGACAUCAAGGCACUCACAUGAAAGAGAAGCCAUGAAAGUGCUCAGAGUGUGGAAAGCAAUUCAUUCAUUCUAUAUUUGAAUUGUUACAGGCCCUUAAGAAGGCCUAAUAUAAAGCAAGAAGCCAAUCAAUCCCUUGGGCUUUUCUACAAUAAACAAUGCAGCAGGGCUAUUCUUACGUUUUUAUAUUCUGAAGUUCUCCGUUAUGGCACCUACUUUAGGGAAGGCCCCAUCUCUGGUAUGUUUAAGUGUAUUUUAAUCUUAUAUCAAUUUUGCUGCGUGGUUUUA